AUGUCGUGUAUCAGAAAGUAUGAAAAACGGUUGGAAGGCGCAAAAUUUCGUAUUAUAAACGAAUUGAUGUACAAGAACCAGGAGAUAGCACCAGAACAGCUUCUUGAAUAUCACAUAGGAUAUCGCUCUCAGACCCAUAAAUGGCCCGUGAAUCCCAUCAACGCCAUAAUCGAACAUCUGAAAACCAAGGAAUAUGGCAAAAUUGCAGAUGUAGGAUGCGGGGAGGCGCUCCUGGCGCAGUCCAUACCCAACGUGUGCUCAUAUGAUUACUACCCUAUCAACGAAAGCAUCAUAAAAUGUGACAUCAACGAGAUAAAGUGUGGUGACGAGGAAUAUGAUUGUGUAGUUUACUGUUUGUCUCUAAUGAAGAAUAACGUGGGUGCUGCCAUGAAGGAGUGUAACAGGAUGGUUAAAAAAAAUGGAAAUGUUAUCAUUGCAGAGGUGUUGAGCAGAAUUACCAAUUUGAACGAGUUUUACACUCAGAUGUUGACAAUGGGGUUUAAGAAGAGUGGCGUCCUCGCAAAAAAUGAUUUUUUUAUUGUCAUUGAAUUUGUUAAAAUCAAGGAAUGCGAUAGAGCGGCUGAUAUAUUUCUAAAGGAAUGCGUGUAUAAGAAGAGAUGAUUAGCAGUCACUAUAGUAGAAUAAAUAAUUAAUUUACGUUCUCGUGUCUUACUUAGAUGUACGAAUGCUAUC